CUUCAGGUUUCACCCAGAUCCGUCAGAUGCCAGACCCGAGACCGACCGAGAGAGCUCGUUGGGUGACUUCCUCCUCCUUCUCCCCCAUCCGCUUCAAGAUUUUCGAACAUGGGGGGAUUUGACCGAGGGACCACGUCGAGCUUCAGACUACAGAACUGUGGGAGACGCCCACAUCUCUGUUACGCACUGUGCUUAUAGCGCACUUGAAGAACCUCUCCCUAUCAGGAAUAUUAAUUGGGAAGAAUAAGUCUAUUCUCUAACUUGUGAUUUUAGACACACUGGAAAAUGGUUUUACAAAGGGUAUUCCGUGCUGUUAUCAUGGGACCGCCCGGUUCAGGAAAAGGGACCGUGUCAGAGCGCAUAACUAAAAGUUUCAGUCUUAAACACCUUUCCAGCGGUGACCUUUUACGGGCCAAUAUUAAAGCCAAAACAGAGCUUGGUCUGCUGAUGAAAUCCUGCAUCAGCCAUGGUCAGCUGGUGCCUGAUGAUGUCAUCUCCCGCCUAAUCCUGGCAGACCUGCGAGACAUGGACCACACCAGCUGGCUGCUGGAUGGUUUCCCUCGUACGGUGGCCCAGGCCGAGGCUCUGGAUAGUGUCUACAGUGUGGACACCGUCAUCAACAUGGACGUGCCAUUCCAGACCAUCCAGGAGCGACUCACCUCCCGCUGGCUCCACCUCCCGAGCGGCCGAGUCUACAACAUCAACUUCAAACCACCAAAGAUUGCUGGUCUUGAUGAUGUCACAGGAGAGCCUCUGGUGCAGAGGGAGGAUGACACGCCAGACACGGUCUCAAGGAGACUGAAGGCCUACGAGAACCAGACGCAGCCAGUCCUGGAGUACUUCAGGAGUAAAGGGGUCCUGCAGACAUUCUCUGGGACGGAGACCAACCAGCUUUGGCCUCACAUCCACGCCUCGCUGUCUAAAAUGCUCUCCAACCAGAGCCAGAAGGUGUUGGGGAACAUGUAGAGAGCCCCUCGGAUGGUCGAGGGACGUCUGGCUCCUGGGUUCUCAUGGCCUCGAGGAACCGUUCCUUUCCACAGCUACACUCCCUCUACCUUCCCUCUCCCUCUACGCUCCCCCUACCCUCCCUCUACGCUCCCUCUACCCUCGCUCUACCCUCCCUCUACCCUCCCUCUACGCUCCCUCCACCCUCCCUCCACCCUCCCUCUACGCUCCCUCUACCCUCCCUCUACGCUCCCUCCACCCUCCCUCUACGCUCCCUCUACCCUUGCUCUACCCUCUAUCUACACUCACUCUACCUUCCCUCUAUGUUCGCUCUACGCUCCCUCCACGCUCCCUCUACCCUCCCUCCACGCUCCCUCUACCCUCCCGCUACGCUCCCUCUACCCUCCCUCUACACUCCCUACCUGGACAAGAAUGAGGAAGAUGUACUGGGGGCUGUGUCACAUUAGGGGUGUAUCUCAAUGGUCUCAAGUCUCCCUGUCGUUUUCUCAAUUAGCUCUUCAUCAUUGCACUGAUGUGGAAACACUGGAUAGUAUAAAUCCAUAGGGUGGAUUUAUUGAAAAAGGUUCCCUUCUGUCUGGGGGGUUCCUCAGUCAUAGACACAAAUGAAGGUGAGGAGACAAGGGCAGCGCAGACUGUUGAGAUGCACCCCUUCUGUCUCAGUUACUUUGAGUUGUCUGAUCCAGAGCCAGGGAACACUCCUCCCCCAGCCUGUCUGUCUGGGGCAGGGCAGGGUCAUUCCUUAUCACGUUUCAGUAGCACAAGUGCCCAAUGUGUAUGUUGACACUAGAUCAUGAAGUACCUAUGAUGCAAUUUAAUGUCUAGAAUGAUUGUUUUUACAGAAACUAUGAAUCACAAUGCUAUUAAGGAGACUGACUGAUUUGUAUGCCUUUUUAAUGACUGACACUUGAUUGUGGUGCAGCUUCAUAGUGUGGCCUUUGGUAGCUGACCAUGGGUACACUGUGGGAGUAGACAGAGAUACCAGGUACUGUUUGUUACUGAGUAGGAAACAUUACAUUGGCAAACAUGACAUGCACCUAGCUUCUCUCCAAUAAAAGACAUUGUUGAUAUAGAACAGCUACAUACAUAGAUGUACCAUAGAGAAGACGUCCAUGAACACAGCACUGUGUAAACCUGUAGUUUGUUCUAUGAUCGUGGCCUUAUUUCCACUAGAUUCUAAUAUAAUUUGUUUUAAUAUGGAGUUGUUGUAUAUAGCAUUGUAUGUCUUCACCAGCAACUUAGUAAAACAUCUAUUGUUAUUUUUGAUGAAGCAAGACAUGUGUGAGUUAGUAUACUUAUGUGAAACAAGUUUAUCCACCUCAAUGGAAUAAUUUAAGGGAAUACAUGAAAAUAAAUGAUGCACACAGUAGCGGUUUACAUCUUCA